CUAAGUGGGGAGAAAAACACUUCUGUCUUCAUUGCGGAGAGAGAUCCGAGCAAACCAACACCCAAAUUGGGUUUUUUCUCCACAAAGCCAGCUGGUCUGGCUUUAUUUCUGCAGGAAUUUCUUUACCUGUCAAUGUUUGAACAACCUGGCCCUCAGCAGGUGCUGCAGGGUGUAACUUCCUGGAGAAGCAAGUAACGGCGCUGGUGCCAAAGAAGAACUGUAACCUGUGAAGCGACUUUAAUGAAACACUGAGGCAGUGAAAGAAAGGAUUUGAAAUUGAGGCCUGGAUAGUGGGAGACUUGGAUGUGGUGGGAAAGGAAGGAGUGGAUGCUGGAAUCUGUGAAUUGAACGGAGCAAGUGUAGAAGAGAAAGAAAGGUUUUGAAGAUACAGGAGAAAAGGGAAGAAGACAAACAUACUUUAUUUUAGGGAUAAGAAGGAAGAAAAGACGGGGACUAUGGGGAGAAAAAAGAUUCAGAUCACGCGGAUUAUGGAUGAGCGUAAUAGACAGGUGACGUUUACUAAGAGAAAGUUUGGGUUAAUGAAGAAGGCCUAUGAGCUUAGUGUUCUGUGUGACUGUGAGAUCGCUCUCAUCAUCUUCAACAGCACCAACAAACUGUUCCAGUAUGCCAGCACGGAUAUGGACAAAGUUCUGCUGAAAUACACAGAGUACAAUGAGCCACACGAGAGUCGAACAAACUCUGACAUUGUUGAGACGUUGAGAAAAAAAGGACUAAAUGGCUGUGACAGCCCAGACCCAGAUGCAGACGAUUCAGUAGGUCACAGCCCUGAGUCUGAUGACAAGUACAGGAAAAUUAAUGAAGAUAUUGAUCUAAUGAUCAGCAGACAGAGAUUAUGUACAUUGAACAAGAAGGAAAACAAAGGCUGUGAAAGCCCCGGUCUCGACUCCUCUUACACUCUCACCCCACGCACCGAAGAAAAAUACAAACAAAUUAAUGAAGAGUUUGAUAAUAUGAUCAAGAAUCAAAAAAUACCUGCAGUUCAACCUAACUAUGAGAUGCCAGUUUCUAUCCCGGUGAGCAACCCUAACAACCUGAUAUACAGCCACCCAGGCAGCUCGCUGGGCAACCACAACCUCCUGCCACUGGCUCACCCGUCCCUGCAGAGGAACAGCAUGUCUCCAGGUGUGACGCAUCGGCCACCUAGUGCAGGUGGCAUGUUGGGUGCGGAGCUCACAACUGGUGGAGGCAUCAGUGCUGGAAAUGGAUAUGGAAAUCACCGUAAUUCACCAGGUUUGCUGGUCUCACCUGGAAGCAUGAACAAGAACAUGCAAGCAAAGUCACCACCACCCAUGAACCUGGGGAUGAACAACCGCAAGCCAGACCUGCGCGUCCUCAUCCCGCCAGGCUCCAAGAACACCAUGCCAUCCAUUUCUGAGGAUGUUGACCUGCUAUUGAAUCAGAGAAUAAACAACUCUCAGUCUGCACAGUCACUGGCAACUCCUGUGGUUUCAGUAGCAACCCCUACUCUGUCAGGGCAAGGAAUGGGUGGAUACCCAUCAUCCAUUUCAACCACAUAUGGUACUGAAUACUCCUUGAGCAGUGCAGACCUGGCCUCCCUCUCCGGGUUCAACAGUGCCAGUGCCCUUCACCUGGGCUCAGUCACUGGCUGGCAGCAGCAGCAACUGCACAACAUGCAGCACUCAGCCCUCAAUCAGUUAGGAACUUGCACUAGCUCUCACUUAUCUCAGAAUCUCUCCCUGCCUUCUACUCAAAGCCUCCACAUCAAGUCAGAACCUGUUUCUCCUCCUAGAGACCGCACCACCACCACGCCGUCGGGGUACCCCCUGCACCACUCUCGCCACGACUCCGGGAGGUCUCCGGUUGACAGUCUGAGCAGCUGCAGCAGCUCCUACGAGGGCAGCGACCGGGAGGACCACCGGAACGACUUCCACUCCCCGCUCGGACUCAUCAGGGCCUCUCAGGACGAGAGGGGGAGCCCGUCGGUGAAGCGUGUCAGGCUGUCGGAGGGAUGGGCCACAUGAUACACACGAUAGCCGCAUUACCUUUUUUUUUGUUUUCUUGCAGAGUGUGUGUGCUAUUAAAAAGGUGGGAAUAUGGGAGGGAAAGGGUGGGGGUGGGAAGGGACCUAUGCAUUAUUUGUGCUGUGUGUUGAUCUACAUAAAAAAAAAAAAAAAAAAAUGUUAAAAAAAAAAAAAAAGAAAAGUCAGGUACUCUGUUUUGUAAAAGUACUUUUAACUUGCCUCAGUGAUAUCCGAUAAAUAAACAUACGUUGCUGAGAUAGCAGCCUAGCACUUGAGCUGUACAACCGAACGCUUGUACAGAGUAGGUUUUAUUGCUAACUUUGUUUCAUUGCUGUACUCCCUUGCAAUGUGUAUGUUACAAUAGAUAGUGUCAUGUUGCAGGUUCAACGUAUUUACAUGUAAAUAGAGGGGGGGAAAAGGAUAACAUUUGCCAGACUUUGCAGAUUUAUUAACUGAAAGAGAAAGCUGUUAUGCAACAUUUUAACUAAUGUACAGGUGUUCUGACAGACCCAGAGGAGGGUGGCUACUUGUAAAAGUAAAGCCACAUAAUAACCUUAGUGUGUGUAUAUAUAUAUAUAUAUAUAUAUAUAUAUAUAUAUAUAUAUAUAUAUAUAUAUAUAUAUAUAUAUAUACAUAGAUAAUGUGUGUGUUAAGAAAAUAAAUGGAGUAUGGCACUCAAUUAUUUAAAGGAUCAAAGGCAAAGGACCAUACUUUUAGAUAUAUUUAAAAAAAAAAAAAAAAAAAAUUAUUUUUUAAAACACCUGGGUCUGCAUUACAUAUCAACUAUAAAAGAGAUGUGCAUUACAAUUUGCUUAUAUUUUCGUAAAAAAAGGAAAAAUUUGCAAAGCAUUUGUGGUUUUUUUGUAGUUUGUUUAAGCCAGAAUGUGUUUUUUUGAUAGCUUCGCUAAUUAAAAAAAAAAAAAAAAGCCUAAAGAAAUUAAAUUAAAUGGGCUUCUUGUAUAGAAAGCACUACCCUAAGCCAUGAAACCAGUAACAAAAAAAUAUAUCAAAAUAAAAAACUCCCUGCUUUGCUGAGCAAGAUAACGGAUUUCUCUUUGUAGACGUUUUUGUUUUUAAAGAAAAUGUGUAUUUCUAAUUAUAAAUAUAUAUAUAAAUAUAAUAUUAAGAAUCUUUAAAAUAAAUCUGUGAAAUUAACAUGCUUGUGUAUAGCUUUCUUAUAUAUAUAUAUAUAUAUAUAUAUAUAUAUAUAUAUAUAUAUAUAUAUAUAUAUAUAUAUAUAUAUAAAACUUGUCAUAGCAAGCAUUGUUUUUAUCUUAUUAACGGGGAUAUAUAAGUGCAGUUGCACAUUUAAGUUUGGCAUUUUGUUUGCUCUGUUUUUUUCAUUUAUUACAGAAUCAGACUUGGAUAUAUUUAGACAACCAGCUAAAAGAAUUGACUUCCAUCUGUGUUUAAAAAAUAACUCUACCAUUACAUGAAAGGGGGUUGGCAGUCAUCCAUUGUGGCUAUCUAAUGCGGAUACCUAAAGAUAUAUAUUGGAUGCUACUGCAAAUUGAGUAGGUAUCCAGAGGAGAAAGUACACUUUUCUUUUAAAACAAUUCAACAACACUUUGUCUAACGAGUACUGUACUGUAAGUUGUAAAAAGUUCAUACAAAUGAGGGCUUUGUUCCAUUUUAAAUAAUAUGGUAAAAUGUUGUAUAUUUAGUCCAAACCCUCAGCAUGUAUCCACUUUUUACCAGUAACAAAGGUGUAUUUUAUAUUAUUAUUUAAUUGGACUUGUAAAAAAUCAUGCAUCAAUCCAUGUUUAUCUCAGGUAGUCUUAUUUUAUUAUUAUUAUUAUUAUUUUUUUUUAAAUAAUGGUCAAAUAUAUAUAUAUAUAGUUAAGUUAUUCAUUGCAAACAAGCAACAUAAUAUAUGAAAAAAAAAACAACGAACACGUUGGAUAAACAUUAAUGGAUGUCAGUCAGCCUGUUUUCCCACUUCCCCGGAUCACUGUAGACUUCAAGUAAUGACAACAAAAAAAGUUUUUUUAAAAAUGUAUCCAUAAGCUGGUUAAAAAAAGCGAAGCACAACUCUGAAUCUUUACAAAUCUCUUUUUCUAUAAUACUGUAGCUAUCUCACUCUGUGUUUCUCUCUGUGUCUUUCUCGGCACUUGCUGUUAUGUUAUGGUAUUGCUAUGUGCAGAGUUACAAUGGGGUUAUAAUGUUAUUUCUGUUUAUGUAGUCAUUUUAGGGGCAGAGCCCCAGUUGUGAUUUUUUUUUUUUUUAAUUCAAUGAAAGCACACAAACAUGGUUGCAGACAAAUUUUAGGCAAACAUCUUUAAGACAAAACAAAGCCAGUGGCAUUUUGUGAGAGUUGUUUUCAUUAUUAUUAUUAUUAUUACUAUAAUUAUUAGUGUUAUUAAGUCAACAUCUUAAUUUAUAUUCUAGAUAUAUAAGCCCCAGAAAUAUUUAUAUAUUAGUAAUAUGUAUCAUAACAGAUAAAAAAAAAAUAUCUCCAAAAGAAAGUGAAAGCCUUCGAAAAACUACUUUCUGAAGUCCACAAGUUAAUUUAUAGCUUAUUUUCCUGGAGAAGAAGAUAUGCAAUUAUCUGGUCAUUGGAUUUCCAUCUAAUAUAUGUGACCCAAUGAACAUUCUCAGCAGCAUAGCAUAUCUUCCAUGUCUUUGGAUGCUUUGAGUACACACCUUGUUAAUACAGCAGCUAACAUGUCCCUGAGAUGAUACCCACAACACGUGUCAACUUAAAAAGGUGCAUGGAUACUUGAUUGGUUCUUUACAUGUAGUAUUCUUUUUUUUUGUUGUUGUUAAUUUAUUAAAAUGCUUAUCAUAUCUAUGAGAUAUUAAAUGCAAACUGAAAAGCCACAAGAUCAUUAAUGCUGAAGACUGUUUUGCCUAAACAUCUAGUGCUUUGUCUGUUCUUACUGUGUCAUCAGCUCUGUAAAAAAAAAAAAAACAGACAAGGAGAUAAACAAUGUGAUGUCGUCUCUAUGACGCUGGUUUCCUGCUACUACAGAUCUUAUGAAGGAUGGGUGGAGUUCUGUUUUACCAUUAAGAGUGCUUCAAGAAGUUUAGCUAAACAAGAAAUGCUUUUGUUAAUAUAUUUUAACCAAAGACACGGAGCAAUCCAGGUUUUUUUCUUAUUCAGGCAAGGUUGUUUUAUUUUUUUGUAAAUCUGCUACUGUUGCGGUUGUAUUACCUUCCCUUACUAAGACCUCAAAUUGAUCUACAAAGUACCUCAGACAGCUUGCAAGAGGUAUGCUCAAAAACAAUGUAAACCAUUGGUUGAUAUGAAGGAAGUGCUUGACAAUAUUGCUUUUGUUUUGUAUGAAGGUAACUGUUUAAUAAAAUAUUAAGAAGUCUUGGAUUGCUCCACUUGGUUUUCUAUUAAUGCUUUGCUUUUUUGUCCCGAGUUGUUUCCAUUCGUAAAAUGAUAAUAAUAAUAAUAAUAAUAAUAAUAAUAAUAAUAAUAAUAAUAAUAAUAAUAAUAAUAAUCUGUAGCUUUUAAAAAUAAGACAUGGGGGAAAUGCGAAAAAGUUUGAAGCAAAUUUAAAAAAAAAAAAAAACAGGCUCACAGCGGCAUAAGCUGGACUUUGUCGCCACUUGAAGAGAUGUUCUUAAUGAAUUAAAUCACAUCUGUGUAUCUCAAGGGACUUGAUUCAGCUGUCUGAAGUAAAAAUGGGGGAAAAAUAAUUCAAAAACUUUCUCCUGCUGGAAAAUGAAGGUAUUAUUUGUAUUUUGCAGACAAAUCAGUAAAGUUACUGGCUUUCUUAGUUA